UGUCUGGUACGAUAUUGAUCCGUUGUCACCGAAUUUUCAUUGCAGCUCAUCUCUCCUUCACAAGAAGGCCUGAUUACUUGGCACGGAAUCGUUAGAUAUUCGCAUCAGAUUAGCUCUUUCUGAUUUCACAGUUUAUCCAGUCCCGAUGGCCUUGUGUACCUCUUAGUUUACAAGAAACGCAGAUAGGUCCAACCUUCCUUUCCUUGUGCAAUAUGAUGGUAUUGUUGCUCCAGUCGAUCACUUCUCUGAAGUCAUGACAACCAAGGAUGACGAGUUUGAGGUUAUCGAACUUUCCAUGCUGGAUAAGCGAAAGUUCUACCCUCUCUCAGGCCUGGGGUCUUUCACCGUCCACUCGAUGCUCUACCCGCUUGUCCUGCUACGCAUUCGACUGCAAUUACAGGAAGGAGCCCACCUGUAUACCGGAUUGGCACACGCUACAUCCUGCAUUCUUCGAGAAGAGGGAUUUCGGGGUCUGUACAGUGGAUAUUUUGUCAAAUCCGCUCAAAUAAUAUCAAGUGUUUUCUAUGCUUCCACCUACGAGACGGUCCGGCACAUGUCAUCUGGCAUUCCCGGACUUUCACAAACCCAGCGGUCGUUUAUCGGUGGUGGUGUCGCAUCGAUGUUACUUCAAACCGUCCUAGUUCCGGUGGAUGUGAUCUCCCAACAUCUGAUGGUGCUUAGUCGCACUUCGUCCAUAUCCCCCUGCUCGUCCGCUGCCCCGCAGUCUAUCGCGCCGUCGGUAAAACUGAAGUCCAAGUCGUCCGGACAGUCGGUCAUGACUGACGUCCGACUGGAACAAGUUCGAGCCUUGUCCCCAAUCCGGCUCUCCUCAUCCGAGUUGUCGACCAGCUGGGCUCGAUUUCGUGCUGUUACGUCCUAUGUGGCUCACAAGCACGGGAUUCGCGGCUUCUACAAUGGAUACGUUAUUUCUCUGUUUACCUUUGUGCCAAGUUCCGCAAUGUGGUGGGGAUUCUACGACAAGUUCUGCCGUCUGAUUGCUUCUACCGUCUCCAAGCUAGAUGACACAUUGUUCGCUUCGAACGCCACAAACAGCUCAGGCAGUCCGUUAGUGCCACGGUUGGCUGUUCAGCUGAUCGCAGCUCCUCUGGCUGGUAUCGCUUCGGCAACUCUUGUCAAUCCGAUCGACUGUGUACGCGUCCGAAUGCAGCUAGAUGACACAUUGUUCGCUUCGAACGCCACAAACAGCUCAGGCAGUCCGUUAGUGCCACGGUUGGCUGUUCAGCUGAUCGCAGCUCCUCUGGCUGGUAUCGCUUCGGCAACUCUUGUCAAUCCGAUCGACUGUGUACGCGUCCGAAUGCAGGAUGCGAUCGAUAAUGUUUCUUUCAUCUGGACUUCCUCACUCAAUGAGGAUGCGGUUCGUCGCAUCUGUUUGGCUCGCUCGGUGGUCGGGCGACGGGUCAAUGGUGAAAUAAAACGCCUGCUUAACUGCAAACAAUUCGUUGAUCACUAUUGGCUUAGCUGGGGCGCCGAAUGA